AUGAAUAUUCAGCUUGCAACUUGUAGGAGACAAACUCACGCUGAGAGGACCGACAGUCCAGGACUUUUCCCAGCAGCUCUUUUCGGGAUUAUAGUUGGUAAUAGUGAUGUGGAGGACGGCUUCCUUCUUGAGACCAGUGCCGAAUGGCCAGUACCUCUUGCCAUCACCCUCGACGGUCAUGGGUUGGUGGUCACCCUGGCCCGUGAAGAUGACCUGGUUGAUGACAUCUCCGGUCUUGACAUCGACGAGCUGGACGCAGAGUUAGGAGAGAUGAAAGCUCAGAUGGAAUUGGGAACGUACACCAGCGACGUAUCCGCGGAAGCCUUUGUGGACGGGAAUCUCAACUUUGUUGGUCAUUUUGGAAUUGCUCUGAUUGUGAGUAACUUUACACGUUUUAAUUCUCAAUAUGAACGCUUACCGAUAUCUCGCUUAAAGGAGAAACAUUCCGAAUUAAGGAAGACAUUCAAUGUGUGCGUCGUUAUAGUCCUCAGGGACGCACGACCUUCAGAAGGAGAUAAUAGUCAUGAACUUCUGACAGUCCAAUUCAAGGAGUGUGCCAGAUAUGUCUAUUGGCCGUCGGCAAAGGGACUCGACAGCGGCAUAUACGAGCCACUUCCUUGGCAAAAAAAGGUCCCCACACUAUCGUCGAGACUCAUAGCCCUUAGUACCCUAUUCCCUACAGUGGUGAAGCCUUGUUCCACCCGGAGGCGAGAUGGUACCUGCGCGGAAAAUGCAAUUCGCGACGUCCAAGACAGAUUUUGGGGCAUCCGUCCGUCUAGAUUCUCUUUUCUGAUAGACAAAAUGAGGAUGUGA